CCCAACCUCCCCCCCUCAUAUCCCCCCCCAUCUCGCACCAUGAAGUUCCUGUCUGCCGCCGUCAGCUUCCUCGCCGCCAGCGCCGCCCUCGUUGCUGCCAAGGAUCAGCCCCAGGAGGACGCCUCCGAUGUCGUCACCUUGGACAAGGAUACCUUUGCCUCCUUCCUGAAGACUGAGCCUCUCUCCCUCGUCGAAUUCUAUGCCCCCUGGUGUGGCCACUGCAAGGCUCUGGCCCCCGAGUACGAGGUCGCUGCCACCACUCUGAAGGAGCAGAACAUCAAGCUGGCCAAGGUCGACUGCACCACCGAGGCCGACAUCUGCGAGGAGCAGAAGGUCCAGGGCUACCCCACUCUCAAGGUCUUCCGCCACGCCGACUCGAUCCCCUACAAGGGCCCUCGCAAGUCCGAUGGCAUCGUCAGCUUCAUGAAGAAGCAGGCCCUCCCUGCCCUCUCCGUCCUUGAGGCUGACGGCGUCAAGGAGUUUGCUGCCUCGGACCGCAUUGUCCUCGUCGCCAACUUCAAGAGCAAGACCUCGGAUGCCUACAAGGCCUACGAGGCCGUUGCCGAGGCCCACCGCAACGAGUACCUCUUUGGUGUCACCAUCGAUGCCAAGGGAGAGGACUCGCUGACCCUCUACAAGACCUUUGAUGAGGGCAAGGACGAGUUUGACGGCAAGUUCACCUCUGAGGAUAUCCUGUCCUUUGUCAAGGCCAACUCCAUCCCUCUGAUGGACGAGAUCUCGCCCGAGAACUAUGCCUCCUAUGUGGAGAGCGGUGUCCCUCUGGGCUACCUCUUCUACGGCUCCAAGGAGCAGCGCGAGGAAUUCGGCCCCGCUGUCGAGAAGCUGGCCAAGAAGCACAAGGGCAAGGUCAGCUUUGUCUACUGCGAUGGCGCCAAGUUUGGCGGCCACGCCAAAAACCUCAACCUCAAGGGCGAGUGGCCCGGAUUCGUCAUCCAGAACACCCAGGACCACACCAAGUAUCCCUUCGACGAGAGCCUCACCAUUGGCGGCGACGAGUUUGCCAAGUACCUCGACGACUUUGUCUCUGGCACGCUGGAGCCCUCGCUCAAGUCCCAGGAGAUCCCCGAGACUAACGACGAGCCCGUCAAGGUUGUUGUCGGCAAGAACUACCAGGACAUUGUUCUGAACGAGGCCAACGACGUCCUGAUCGAGUUCUAUGCCCCCUGGUGCGGCCACUGCAAGAAGCUUGCCCCCAUCUACGACGAGCUCGCCGAGAAGCUCAAGGACGUCAAGGGCAUUGUCAUUGCCAAGAUGGACGCCACCGAGAACGACAUUCCUCCCGGUGCUGGCUUCACCAUCGAGGCCUUCCCCACCAUCAAGCUCGUCAAGGCCAAGGACAACACCGUUGUUCCCUAUGAGGGCUCCCGCACCCUCGACUCGUUCCUGGAGUUCCUGCACCAGAGCGCCGUCCACGGCUCCAGCGUUCCUCUCGAGCCCGAGGAGGAGGAGGAGGACGAUGCCAAGACCGACUCCAAGGAGCACGACGAACUGUAAAUUUGCCACUGUGCUCCCCGUUUGUCUGUCUGUCUGCCUGUCUUGUUUGUUUGCUGCGUUUGUUACCGCGCAUGGCUUGCGCCCUCUUCGUUGCCGAGUAAUUUUGUUCCAAUCCAUAGCCGGACCUGCCUCUGUGCGCCGUGCCUUGCCGUCCUGGUGGUGGCGUGGUUCUUGAACCCAAA